UUCUCCCUGUGCUGAAUUAGAAACAUCCAGACUCUUCUCCUCCAAUCAGCUGGCUCUCCUCGGUAUCAGCUGACCUCAGGCUUGCUCUUCUAUUGGCUGGAGGCUCUCUGGUGUCCCAUGUGAGGGUAGAUGCGUCGGUUGCUGCUGCUGCUCGUGUGUCCCGGUGUGUUGGGGCUCCUCUUGCAGCUUUGGCUUUUCUCCACUCCUCGCCACCCAUUGGUGAUUGGCAUCCUGUCAGCCCGCCAGCACCGCCCACUGCGGGACGCGAUCCGGAACACCUGGGGCUCCCCCAGCCCCCGCCAGCCUCUCCUGCGCUUCAUUGUGGGCUCUGAGCCCUGCCCGGUGCCCCCCGAGGACCGGGAGGACCCCUAUUCCUGCCGCCUGCUGAAUAUUACUUCCCCCAGACUUCACCACGAGAUCCCGGCCUUCACCGGGCCGCGGCCCUCCAGCUCCGCCCACACCCAACUGAGCGUCACCUUCCGGGUGCUCCACCCCAUAAUCAUCACCCGUCUGGGCGCUUGGUGCCCGGGGACCACCCGCAAUUUCAGCGUCCGCCUUUUCCAGGCUGAACACGAGGAGCCUCUGUGCGGAGCCCGCUUCACCCCACUGAGCCCUGGGACGCCCUCCCGAGUGCCCCCAAACAGCCCCGGGGCCACAGCCUGGCUCCCCUCCACCAGCCCGGAGUCCACCGCCGAAACGUGCUACAAGCCGGUGGAGCAGUUUAUCCUUCCGGAGGGUUUCCACGGCACCAUACGGUGGGACAGCCACGACCCGGAGGGGUUACCCGUGUGGGACGUCCACCAGGUCGCCCUGAACGACGGCGGCGGGGUGCUGCGCCUUAUCACGGCGGAGGAGGGGCUUCUGCCCUAUGACUUCUCGCAGGGUGUGGAGGGCAUUGCGGGAGGUUUCGUCUACACCAUCCACGACGGCGAGGCCCUCCUCCAGCAUCUGCGCGGCCGCCCGCGGCGCCUGGAAGAGUACCGGGCCGCGCUCAGGGCAGAGGAGUCGAAGCUGCGGGAGGAGAGCGUCGCCCACGGCGACCUGGUCUUCGUGGACGUGGUGGACACUUACCGCAACGUGCCGCGCAAGUUGCUGCUGUUCUACCGCUGGCUGGCGGCUUCCGUAGACUUCGACUUCCUCCUCAAGACCGACGACGAUUGCUUCGUCGACCUGGACAAUGUCUUCCGGGCCCUGGAGGCCAGGAGGCUGAAGGGGCCCAACGCCUGGUGGGGCAACUUCCGCCUGAACUGGGGGGUGGACCGCACGGGCAAGUGGCAGGAGCUGGAGUACCUGAGCCCCGCCUACCCUCCCUUCACCUGCGGCUCCGGCUACGUCAUCUCGCAGGACAUCGCCCGCUGGCUGGCCGACAACGCCGACCGGCUGAAGACCUACCAGGGGGAGGACGUGAGCAUGGGCAUCUGGAUGUCCGCCGUCGGGCCCCGGCGCUACCAGGACCAGAACUGGCUGUGCGAGAAGACGUGCGAGCGCGGGAUGCUGAGCUCGCCGCAGUACUCGCCGCAGGAGCUGUCCGAGCUGUGGCAGCAGAAGGAGCGCUGCGGGAGGGCCUGCGGGUGUCCCAACAGAUAACCAAAGAUGAGACGUUGGUAUUCCGACCCCGGGGGGUAUCUGAAGGGGGCAAAUCCACCUCCUGAAACAUGUUCAGACCCUUAAAG